AUGCAAGGCGACCACCACGCACAGCCGUCGGACGACAGGCAGAUGCGUAGGCGCAGUCGGACCGUCAGCUGGGACCACUCGGUCCGGCCGGACAGGGGCGUUCAUCUGCAGCCGCAGGUAAGGCCAUGGCCGACGCAUUACAGCAGAUGCCAAAGGGGACGGCCCGGUGCGCAAUUUUUUUGGGGUUUUCAAGUCGCGAAAUCACAAUAAUCGAUAAAAUCACCACGGAUUCAAUUCGAAAAAACGCGGUGUUGUGUCGGGCGAUAUUUCCCCGGCGGGUACGGCUACCGGUUCAAUCCGUCCCGCGUAUGAGACGGCGGUUCUCGGCCAGUGGGGUACAGUGGGGUACGUGCACGUUAGGGCGCGUAUCCGGGGGGCGAGGGUGCUUUGGGCGUUUUAACAACCCCAUUCCUUGGCCGUACUUCGGCCACAAUUCUAUUAUGAUGUUAUAGCGAUUACUUCGGGUUCUUUAUACGAAUCGUGUAAUUAUAGAUGAUUCUGUUCCAUAUCCGAUAUUAUUUAUCUAUGAUGAAGAUCGAAAUGAUUAUAUAAUUCGAAUAAUAUAAUACCUGCAAUACCAAAUACUUUCGAAUAGCAAUCAUGAUUGAUCAUGGUCGUUAAUUAUCUUACGGACUCGAUCCAUCGCUCCUUCAUGCUCCAUGUGUGAAGCCCCUCUCACAAGUUCUAUUUAAAUAUGAAACUAUAACACCCUCGUCCUUUAAAAAUCUUAGCUACGUGUCUGGAUUGUACCACCGUUAUGAUAGUGGUACGCCCGGUAGCAUGCUAGUUGCAAACAAAAAUGUCCGGUCAUUAUUAUAACACGACUAAAACGCGAGUCGCGAACUCAAUCUAAAAAACUGUCAUUGAUAAUGAGAACGAAUUCAGCCAUUGUUGUCGAUAAGAAAUUGAGAAAAUAGGAUAUAUAAUGGGGAAUUGAAUGUACAUCUGUAAGAAACGAUAAACCAUUGCAUACUGAUAACGAUUCUGAGCAAAAUUUAGUCGAUAGUAAUGUUUUGUCAACAAUAUAUGUCAUAUUAUGGUAAAAUAAUUAAAUAAGCAUAACAUAUUUUUUUUAGUAAUAUUUGUUUAAUAUUGCACCGAUUUUCCCGUUUCCCCCGGUUUUUCACAUUUGCUGAAAAAAUUCUUAGGAAAAACGACCUCCUUAAAGUAUCACCCCAAGAAAAUUUCCUUUCAGAAAACGGUCUACGUCGUAUACGGAGUAAGCUUUCUGAUAGAAAAAGUGUUUACAUAAAAAAAAAAAAAAAAAAUGAAAAAAUAUAACCAUCUUUGUAAAACCAAUAAAACCUCUAAAAGAUAAUAUACGAAAUGCGGACAUAAAUAUUUCCCUUCGCAACUUUUUCAGGACAUAGGACAAGCUACCAAAAACAAAUUUGUUACGCAACUAGACCACCGACCUGGGGGGUGUUAAAACAAUAGACACAUCACAGACUCAUAAAAGCAACAUCCCCGCAAUCCAAUUUACACGAUACUUAUGAUAAGCAACUACACAUUUUAUUUACAAUUUGUUUGUACAAAAAUGUAUUAAAACAUUUUUUACUUAAUUUUAUAUUCUGAGUGGUUUUAUAAAGAUGUUUUUUUUUUUUUUUAUCUGUGUGCGCAACUUUUCUACCAGAAAUCUUGCUCCGGUUUUUAAGUUUGGCAACUUUUCUAUAAGAAAAUCGGACUAGGGAUUUAAUUUAGGGAAGUAAUUUUUUUAAUUUCCCAAGUUUUCACAGAAAAUGUGAAAAAUCGGGAAAAACGUAGGGAAAAUGAGAAAAUUGGUACAAUAUUAAUUUAAUAUUAUUAAAGAAAAUAUAUAUUACCUAUUAAAUUAUUUAACCAUGAUGUAACAUGUAUAUUAAGUUAAUAGUGAAUUAACUGAACUCUGCUCAGAAUGGUUUGUCCGUUAGCAAUAGUUUAUCGUUGCUUACAGGUAUACAUUAAAUUUCCUAUAACAGUGGCUAUACCAGUGCACUCGUCCCCAUUGUCCUAGGAUAGCUUUUUGUAUGUACACACGCAUUGUCUGUAUGAAAUUUGUAUUUUGUCCGGCUUUUUAAUUAUGAAAUACAUGAAUAAAAUAUUUAGUCUAUAUUAUAAAACAGCUUAUUGGAUACUUUCGGGGGUUCUAAAGACCUUCUAGUACCCCCUCCCCUUUUUGCGCCUAUUCCAUCAAAAAUAUUAUUGGACAUUUGUCCGUAAUUUGUAUGUUAUAAUUGUGUCCGCAAUUCGCAUGUCACCUUGUUUAGGUUCCGUCCGCCAAUCACAUGGUUUUCGUUACUUUGUUCGCAAUCAGGAAAUUCCGGUGUACGUGUGAUACGCGAAAGAAGAUCGCUUUUGGGGAAAACAAAUAAAUAAUUUUAUCUAAUCAUUUAUUAAUUUGGCGUUACACUUUCAUCAAACACUAUAUAUGACAAGCUCCUAAAAUUGUGUACAGUACGGUACACUUUGUGUAGUACGUAAAGUGAAGUGUGCUCUUUAAAUGAACCAAGUUACCUUUUUCAAUAUGUAUAAUUUUAAGGCUUCAUAUUUUAAUUCUACACAGUAUCAGGUGAUCCGUUUAACGCUUUUAGACCUGGAGUUAAUUUUUUACAGUUAGAUUUUUUUUCGUUUAUCUAUUUUUAAUAAUGGAUUGCUUCAUAAGAGAAAAUAAUUUUUUUUUUUUUCCACCAAGUUUUUUACCAAGUUAUAAGUAUGACUCCAGUAGAGGACAUCAGGUGUUCACCGAGUCAUAAUAAUAUUAUUGGUAUUAAUUUUUGGGAAGAAUUUAAGAUUCGUACAUGUUGAUUACUCUGUUAUCACGGAGGGAAAAGAAUAUCAGAUUUUUAUAACCAUGUUUUCGACUUUAAAUUAUACAUUUAUUGUCAAAAACAAUCAAAAAUAUUAUAUUAAAAUUUUUCAGAAGUGUUUUAUGGUAAAAUUUUAACGUGAUAAGGGCUGUAUACGAAAACGCCACAGUAGCAUAAUUAGAAAUUUUCUCUGAGGAAAAUAUUAUAUGCAAGGAUAUUGGAUAUAAUAUAUGCAUAAAAAGCUGUUUGAACCGUUUCCCAAAAGCUGACCAUUUUUCAACUAAUUUUAGCAAAAAUAAUUCUAUAUUUACAGAAAGCUUCUGAUUUCUCUACUGAAUAAGAUAACUAAUAGAAUCCUAAAAUCCAUGUGUAUUGAAACUGCAACACACUUUUUUCGAUUUUUUUUUUUUUUUAUUUAGUGGACAAAUAUAAUUUAAAUGUUGUACCUACAAUUUUGUAAGUAAUUACAGAAAAAAUAUGCUUAUUUAAAAUUAAUAUCUAAAAUCAAAUAGAAAUAAAUAAUUAUUGUAUGUUGUUUUAAAAUAAAUAAACCGAACAUACCUAAGUAUACCGUUAUUCAUGGCCAGUAUAUGUAGUGAGUGAUUAAUGCAUUUGUUAUUAAUACUUUUUACUACAGAAUAUUAAUUUUAACAAAAUGCUAAAGGUAUUUCAACUAUGAAAAAAAUAGUAGGUAUUAUAUAUUAUGUAAAGUGUGCUUAUUUUUAUUUAAUUAAAUGGGUCAAAUUAACUGUACCUAAAUUAAUUACCUACUGCGUUGCUGCAGAGUAGGUAUAGAAUGAUGGCCACUAAUAUUAUAAUAUCGACGACGGCUAUUAAAGUUAAUUAAAACUUUACUUAUUUUAAUAAUAUAACAAUAUUUUUUUUUUAAACACUAUAUUUUCGGCCAAUUUUAUUAAAAAUACUAGACCUGCGAGGUCAUCAGGAAAAGAAAAGUAAUUUUCAGUAUAACUUUCCCAUUUUUUUUUUUUUUUUUUUUUAUUAUUAUUAUUAUUUUAUUAAAAUUAAUUUUUUAAUUAAUUAAUUUGCUAAAAUAAAUAACUAUGUGAAUUAAGGUAUUAAAACCAGCUAUAAUGAUUGUACACGGACUAAAAAAAAAAAAACACUGAUGGUCGUUUUCUAGUAUCGUAUAUUUCUCUUAUACUAUGAGUAUAGAAAAUAUCGUUGAUUAAAAAAUAAAAAAUGUAAUUCAACACAUAAAUUAUAUUUUGAAUUUUUGUAAGUUCGGCGUUGGACUGAACCAGUGCGUGUUCGGAAAAUAAAAUUAUUUUCGUAUAACCACGGUCUCACGAUUGCUGCUUAUACAGUUGAAUUAUGUACAUCCAUUUUAUAUAUCUAGGUGGCAGGCGUGGAUCCAGAGUGUGGUGCUAGGGUGCUAUAGCACUACCCUUAGCAUGUUACUAUAUGGUCAAAACAAAUACUAUACGUAUACACAAUACACACAUGUAUUUUUAGAAAGCACGGCAUGUGUUUAUAAAUCUGCCAAAUUUUAUUGUGAAGAUAUUAUGGAUUCGGAUUUAGUAUUGAAAGCAGAAAUAAAUUUGUGGAAAAAUAAGUGGGCCGAAAUUUAAAACAAUCCAUAAAUUAUAGUUGAAGUAUUUGAACACUGCAAUGAGUUUUUUCCGACAUCAAAAUACUUUCAUACCAGGUUACUAGCUUCUACAACCACAGCGGAGAGAUCUUUCUCAACUUUAAAAUGAUUAAAAAAUUACUUACGAUCCACUAUGCCUGAAUUACGUCUAAACGGUUUAGCCAUGUUAAACAUAUACAAACAGAAUCAUAAACCAAGUUAUUGUCACAUUUGUGCAAAAAAAAAGAGAAGGAUGAAAUUAGAAGAUUGGUCAAUAUGACCAAAUAAUUUUUAUUGAUUUUUUUUGUUUAUCAAUUAUAAUGAAUAUUUGAUAAAAUUUUAAACAUUUAGUUUUUUAUCGUUGUUAUUACGGAGAAGAUUAUUUGUUUAAAAUAGAGGAAUUUCUAUUAGACGUGUUUUUAAAGUGUCCACUCAUGAUUAUCUUUUUGAAUAUUAAGCACAUUAAUUUUUUAGGACUAAAAAAAAGGACAUCCAAUCAGGAUGUUUAAUACAGAAUAUGAUAGCACGAUAGCACCCCCCCCCCAUUAAAAUAUCCUAGAUCAAUCAUUGAUUCCUUGGUACUCAAAUGUUUAAUAGCGAAUAGUUUUCAAUUUCAGACGAUAUUUUUGCAUACUUAGAUUUUUCACACUAUCUCACCAUAUUUUUCUUAAUGUGGAGUAAUUUUAUUGAAUUUAUUUUAUUGAUUUUUCAUAUGAGAACCUACAUGUUUUGAUGCAAAUUUAUAAUUUUUUUUUCUUCAAAUUGUUGACGCAUUGUAAUCGAAAUUUGAACGAGAUGUUUCUGAGUUAUUCUGCUUUAAAUACUAAGGAUAUAAUAGUCUUUUACGGGGAUUGGAUACCAAACGUUCCAUAUGUAUAAACAAUUUCUCGUUUUAAAAUGUGCAGCUAAUAUUUAUUAAUAUUUAAAGUAAAAUAACUCAGAUAUUUUUUUCAAUUUUAUUUAUUUCUUAUAUUUAUAUGUAUGAUAUAUUUAUCAUAUACGAUAUUUAGUCCAAAUUUAAAUUAAAACACGUAGGUUCUUAUAAGAAAAACCAAAGUGUUAUGUGUUAUGUUAAGUGUUAUGAAGAAUCUAGAGUAUUCGAAAAUAUCUUUUUUUUUCACUUAUAAAAAUUUCAAAAAUUGGAAUUUAAACUUAUAUAUUAUUUAACUACAAAAUAGAGUUAGCAUGGUUAAAAAAACUGUAUAUUUUUACAAAUAUUUAAGAAAAAUGACUGAAUGGAGGAGAUACGUCCCAUUUAUGUUCUCGUUUGGCCGCCCCUGACGAGGAAAAAUGCAUAAAACACCCACAAUAGUUUCGUUCUCUGGUAGUCUUUUGCCGGUCAGGCAACCAGGAUUUAUUUUUGGGAUGGGGGUAUUCAAACAUUUUUUUAGGAUAGUACAUUGUUAAAUAGAUGAAUUGCAUAGCGUACGCGUACCUAUUCAAAAUUACCAAGAAAUGUUUGAAAUUAUAAUAAAAAUUAUACAACUUGCGUGUUACGUAGAAUUCGUAAAAAAAAUAUCAAAUUUCAAGGAGGAGGGAGGUAUAACCUUCGAACCCUUGUCAUGAUUAUACCACUGGUCUACACUAUUGAAAUUCGAGUACUGUCACAAAAUUAAAAAUAGUACCAAAAUACGUAGUUGUGUGUGAGGAGACUGGGAAGAGCUAAACCGAUAUGGAAAUUAGUUUUCCGGACUUAUCUAAACACGUUGUGUUUUGUCGUUUGAGCUAAAAAAAGAGAUACCCUCGUUCUGCACUUAACAGACGGAUUUUUUUAGAUAUCUAAAAUUUGUAUGAAUGUGUUAUAUUAAAAAAAAAGAGCUUUUACAGGGGACGGGUGAGACUACUGUUGUAGGCAGGUAGUUGAUAAGCUGGGAUACAAGUUAUUUAAUUCUACCUAUAACCAACGAUAAAACAUUGCUAACAAAAAAUACUUCGAAGCUGAGUUCGGUUGGAUAUAUUUUGAAAGCCCGUAAUAUUUGUGAUAUGCAAAUAUGUUUUACAUUUAGACAUACAUUUUUCCGUUUUUCCUUUAUUUUUUCCCAUUUAUUAAUGAAACUUCUGGAAAAAUCAAAAAUAACCUUCUUAAAGUACCUUUCGAGUCUAAUUUCUUUUCGGAAGAAAUGCUAUCAUUGAAAAUCGGAGCAAAAUGUCUAAUAGAAAAAUUGUUCACAGAAGAAAAAAAAAUUAAAAAAUAAAAAUAAACAUCAUUAUAAAACCAAAAGCUUCUUCGCUUCACUCAGGAUCUAAAAUACUCUAAUUUUUGAGUCUGAGCUCAUUUGAUCCAGAGAGAGCCGCUAAUAAUUUCUAAAGUAUCAGGAAUAAGAUAUAUAUAUUAUUUACAAUAAACAGACACAGUACAGUAGUUUAGCAGAUACAAUGGUAACAAUUUACUUGUAAUAACUGAGUACAAAGUAUUGCUAUGGAGUGCGGACUAUAUAAUAAUGUCUGUAUAAAAUGGGAACGCAUAGUCGUAAUGUGUUUAUGCGUCGUUGAUUUUCCUCCAAAAAUGAGAUAAUUGGUAACCUUUUUUCUCCACUGUCUAUUUUCCUCCUCCAAAAAAAAAAGAUACCAAAAAAAGAUUUCCGACAAACUCUUUUUUUGUAUUAAAAAUCAAGGGCUAUUUGUUAUAGUGAUAGGAAACGGGUAAUGGAGGAAAAUCGCAUAUGAUUUUUGAAGGAGGGUGAAAUGUGCGCAUUGGUUUUCAAGUCAGACCAUUUUUUUUUCAUUCACGCCGAAAUCGCAGGUUUUUCAUAAAAACAAAACAAAACACUGAAAAUCUCAAUAUUGCAACAGGUAUGACAAAUGUUUAGUCAAAUCACGUGCUACAGCUCGAACUGUUCGCAUGUUCGUAUAAAAACACAUUUCACCGGUAUAAAAAAUUAGUUUUAAGGUUUUUUUUUUUUUUUUAGUUUUGCAACGAACCCCGACCCAGUCUACAAAAUACACGAACACGCCGUUAAUAAUUCCUAAUAAUUAUAAUAACCCCGUUAGAUUUUAUCGUGACGCAUUUAAUUUAACGGUGUUUGAGAUUAGGUUAUAAAAUUAUGGCUUUUUUGUUUUACAUUCCAUGCUAUUCUACGAGUAUAGUGAUGAUAUGGGUGUUUUUUAAUUAAGUUAGCACGUAUUAUUAUUACAGUAUUAGGCGUAUAGUUUUUUUUUUCUUUUUUUUUUUUUGACAGUUCUUAAGUUCGUCCUUUUCAGUAUUCAUAACACCCUAUAACAACUACAACAACUUUUCUACCAGAAGACUUGCUCCGAUUUUUACAUGUAGCAACUUUUCUAAAAAGAAAUCGACGUAGGGAGGUACUUUAAAGAGGUCGUUUUUCGAUUUUCUUAGAAGUUUUCUCAACAAGUUUGAAAAACUGGGAAAAACAUGGGAAAACUGGGAAAAACGUAGAAAAACCGGGGAAAUAGGUACAAUAUUAAACAAAAUUAUUAAUUAUUAUUAAAAAAUAUAUAUAUAGAGCCUAUUUAAUUAUUUUUUUAUAAUAUGGCAUAUAUAUUGUUGACAAAGCAUCACUAUUAAUUGAAUUCCGCUCAGAAUCGAUUUUUCAAUAGCAAUGGUUUAUCGUUGCUUAUAUUAAAUACAUUAAAUUCCCGUCUGUAUUCUACCUCUUAACUACCCACUUAUACCGGUGACUGCACCCGUCUCCAGUAUCUUAUCUUUUUUUUUAGGGUGAAACCACUAUAUCUUAUUUUAAUAUUUUCAAAUGACAACCCGUAUUAAAUAUUCUAUUUUAGUUUUAGUUAUUCUAUUUUUGUAUCCACAAUUUUUAUUUCCGUCAUACUGUCCUCUUGAAAAGGUACUGCACUUUUUAAAAAUGUUAAAAUUAAAAUGUAUUUAAACUAAAACUGAUGUAGGUUAUUAUUUAAAAAUUCGUAAUAAGCUGCUUGUACAUUUUCUAAAAAAUUAAUUCUGAAAAAACUAAUGCUUUUCGAGAUAAUUAGUGGGUUUACGUUAUGUAUACAUUACGAGUAUCUUGUAUAAUAGCCUACUUGUCGAACUUCACACCGAUAGCAGUGGCACACGCAUGGAGCGAAGUAUGUCAGCUUCUUUAUAAUUAUUAUGUUUUUAGUCAGUUUUUUUUUUUUCAAAUAAUUAAUAAUAUUCAUAAACAUUUAUGAACAUCCUGUUACAUUAAGUGGUUUUUUGCGUCAUUGUUCAGUGUUAAAAAAAAAAAAAAAAAAAAAAGCUCGUAUUUUUAAAACAAAAUAAUAUUAUUUAUAAUUUAUAAAAUCCGUAAAUGUUGUGAUGACACUGUACGAGUAUGGCUUAUACAUUAGUACACAAUUGUUUUUAUUUUGAGCAACCGCAUCCUAUAUAUUAUUCUGUUGUGAAUUCACGUAAACAUGCAAAAAAUCGUAGCAGCAACGGUUUAUUUAUAGAUACAAAUAUUAUUAUAACGAAUCGUUCAUUGAAACAAAUUUAUUUUACCAUAUAACACUAUUAUUAUAUUAAGUAUUGGUACUUGUAGCGCUAUCUAACUUUGGAUUUGAUGGAACGUUUUUUUUUUCAAAUAUUUACUAUUGUGAUUCGUCCGACUAAUAAAUUGGUUACAGUACAACAAACACGUUUGAAAAGUGUUUUACGGACGAUACCGAUCAAAAUAUUAUUUUGAUUAUAUUUUGCAGUCGCCGAAUAAUCUUUAUUUUUUUAAUUUAUCAGUAUUACCUAAUACAUUACGUGUCUCUGAAAAUACCACCAACUGUACUGUAUGUUUUUGACGUCAUCUCUGUGCACUAGAUCGCGUGAUAUAUUUUAAAAUAUAAUAUUAUGUAUGAAUUUAAAACAUUGUUUUGAAAAAAAAACGUUCGUUACGAAUGGUGUAUACUGCAACAUUGUAGGAUAAUACCCAAAAUUCAAUUUUUCUUAAAAUAUGUAUUACCUGUUAUAAACGAAUAUGAUACCAAAAGUAUACAAAUGUAAUGCACUGUUUUUGUUGUAAAUUAAUUGAAAAUAAAAAAACCUGUCCUAGAUUAAUGAGGACGGGUGUAGCUACUGUUGUAGAUGGGAUGAAAAGUUGGGAAAGUAGGAUAUAGACGUAAAUAUAAUGUAUAUUUGCAAUAUGCAACGAUAAAUCAUUGCUAACAAAAAAACGAUUCUGAGUGGAGUUCGGUCAAUAGUGUUGCUUUGUUAACAAUAUAUAAUAAUAUGUAAUAUUAUGGUAAAAUAAUUACAUAUGCAUUAAACAUUUUCUUUUAUAAUAUUUGUUUAAUAUUGUACCCACUUUUCCCCUCGGGCUUUCCCAUUUAUUGGGAAAAUCAAAAAAUGACCUCCUUUAAGUGUCUCUACAGUCAGAUUUCCUUUCAGGAAAAAUGCUACACUUGCAAAUCGGAGCAAGAUUUCUGGUAGAAAAGUUUUUCACAAAUAGAAAACAAAAAAUAAAAAAAAAAACACUGUAAUACUAAUACAUUCCUCGCUCCACUCAGAAUUUAAAAAAAUGAUCUUAGAAUAAACCGUAUAGCUAUUAUUCCUAGGUUGUUUGGUUAUAUCAUUUUCAAACUGACCGACAUAUUAGUAUGACAUAACAAUUCCAUGUUUGUGUACAAAAAAAAAAAAACCUCACAUCCUUAAAAUUAAAACUAAAUUAUUGUAUUAUAAAUGAUAAUGUGUCCAUAUGUUGUAUGAAACGACUGCAUACGCAUCUACUUUAUUAAAUUUAAUUUCAAAUAUUCCCCGGUAAACAUUUUGAUAAUGUAAAUCAUAAAAUCAAUAUACCGAGUGCAUUACCUCCAACUAAAAAUAUUCGGUUAAAAUUAAAUCCAUUAAUGAAAUCGGAUUAAACCUCUCAUUAGGUAAACAAAAUUUCGUACAAUUUUGAAACAUCCGAAUGACCGAGUUAAUUAAGAAUAAUUAUUAUAUCAUUAUGUUUUUACAAUUUUAAAUUUAUUGACGAUAGACUAUAAUAUAUUAUUAUAGUACUGAAGUUUGCAGAACAGUGGCGUAAUCAAGAGAGUGGGGGCAGAGGUGUUUUAGUUCCCGCCUAUAACUAUAAUUUUUUGUAUUGUGUAAUUGUGUAUUGUGACAGGGCGUUUGAUAGAGAAAGAUGGAAACGCUUAGUUUUAACAGUUAAAACCCUGAACAGCUAGUUAAAAAAACUUAUAAACAAAAUAGUCGGUGAAAAUUUUGAAAAAAUGUUAUCGUAUAAAAAAUAUUAUCAAGAAACAUAGUUUUAUAUUAUUAUUUGGUCUAACAGUGGCGGCGUAUUUAGAAUUUUUCCAAGGAAAGAGCUAUUUACGUUUCGAUACCAUAUUGUAUAACAUGUACCCAGGCUCAAGAUCAAUUUUUAAUAGUUAAUAAAUUUGUUAAAGUACUUUUGUUUUAAAAUGAUCAUUUUAAUCAAAUACCUAAUACAUCUCAUAAUGAUUCAGAUAUGUUUCGUUUUAAAUAAAAAAAACGUACGUUCGGGUUUUUUUUUUGUUUACUUUAAUUAUAUAGGUACCAUACACCUAAUACAUUAAAUUGUGGAUUUGUUUGACUAAAAAAUGAAGAACCGUAAAUUUAUAAGUAAGAUUAAUAUAAACAAUGGAUACUAAAAAAACGUUAUGGGAUGAUAUAUCUCCCGAAUUUUCCCGUAAAUGUGUCACUGAUGUCUCAUAUUGGCGUAGUUAAUUCAAUGAAAUAUUAUUUUAUCUAUAGGUGUGAUAUUAUAAGGUAGUUUUAUAAUCGAGUUCCACGUAGCACGGUGUUACGUGUGCGUUUAUUCCGUCGUUGCAUUCUGCAAUGUCUUAAACAAAGUAUAUGCAAGAAAUUCGUCAAGAUAAUAAUAAAAAAAAAGAAAACACGCAAUCGAUCGUAAAAUUAAGCGACCGUUUAUGAUAGCGACGCGCGAUACCGCUGUUAAUAUUUUAUGUCUCGUCAAAUUAUCGUUGAGCGUGAAAAUUGUACGUACUAUAGAAAAAUUAUUACUAUUGUAAAUAUAGACAUUUGGUACCGAUUGCAGUGAUAUUUGUGACAAAAACGCAAACGUACUUUACUUAAACAAAUUAAAAUUGUAGAACGAUUUCGUAUAGGGCGUGCAGUAAACACGAUAACUGCAUAACAAUAGAAUAUUAUAUUACUUUGAAUUAAUAUUGUAAUAUUAUUCGCUCGAAUAUUAUUUUCCCUUCAGCUAUUUUUAUUUGUUUAGUUUUUUUUUAAUCAUAAUAAUUGAUUAAAAAGAAUAAUGUCAAGUGCCUACAGUAUUAAAUAGAUGUUAUUAUUGUGAUUAUAUUUUCAAACCGAACAUUCCGGUUUACAUUAUAUAUAAGUAUAUAAACACUAUCGAAUGUUAUACGUUAUUAUAAUAAUUUUUUUUUUUUUUUUAACGCUUUCUUAAAUGCAGUGGUAUAUUUUUUUAUGACAUAUUUUUUCGGGGGGGGGGGGAGAGGUUUGCAUGAACAGAAUUUAGGCGGUCAAGUUCAGAGGCAAAUAGGCCUAUCGGGCUAAUCUUUUUUGAUAGGAAACGAGGUUAUUGUAUGUUUAAAUCUAACUAAUAAGAAAAAAAACCGUUCAAAAAUAUUUGAUUCAAUAUUUGAUGUAAUAUGGUCUUUGUGGCCCCUUAUUUCUCUUGGGAACCGGAGACGUACCCCUCUUCCCCCUUCAAUCCGGACCACAAGCGGUGCGAAGCGCUUCUUUUUUAGCUGAGAAUUUAAGUAACGUAAACGCAAAGACGUUUUUAAUUUGUUUUAUACUCUAAUACCCUUUGUAAUAUUCUUAGUUUAUAAAUUCUAUUACAAAUCUAUUAUGAACGCAUAAUAAUAUUAUUAUAUUAUACAAUAAACGACGUGCACAAACGCAACAUAUAAGGUAUUUUAAUUUUACGCUCAAAUUGUUUAACAAAAGAUUAUGAAAAAAAUAAAACAAAAAAAAUGAUUCGAAACUUGAAUAAACAAGAUUAAAUAACUAAGUAACGAAAAACGACCGUUGUUCAUAUUAUUAUUAACCAUGUGCAAUAAAUUGUGAAAUGUAUAUUUAUUUGCCUAUACAAUACGCCGUCUCGUGUCUCGGCUAUACUAGUUUUAAUAUUAAUAAUAGUAAUAAUAACAGUCUGCUGUAUAUUGCUGUCACAAGUACACUGGUAGCAAUAAUCGCAAACAUGCUAAGUAUAUUAUUAAAAAGACGCAUUUUAAAAUCAUCUACGGUUAAAGACGAGUGAUAAUCAUUGAGACGUAGAUAAAAUAUACAUACCUGCAAUUUAAUUGUCUAGAUAAAAAUAAAUAAUCGCCAACUUUGUUUCUAGAUAAAAAAAAAAAAAAAGAUAAUCUCUUACAUUAUCUAUAACCAGUGACGGAUAGGAUAAUUUUUGCAAACCGGGAAAUUUUAAAAAAAGGGCUCCUACAUUGAAAAAAGUACUGGUGACUUUUUUUUCUGUCUUAUACAUGAACUAACACUUACCUAAAUCCAUUGUUCAAACAAAUAGUAUGACAGUUUCAAGGACCCCAUUGAACCCCAAAUCCCGAUUUCCCGAUAGGGGCCUAUACACCCCUGCCUAUAACAUAAAACUAUGAGUGCUGAAAGUAAUAAAAGCCCACUAGAUACGAUACAAAUUAAGAUUACAAAAAAACCGUGCGAUUGAUUUCAUUUAUUAUAACGUUAUAAAUAUACGAAUUAAGUAUUUUACCGGUUAUUUCUAAUAAAUAUAUUAUAUAUAGAUACGGUUUAAAACGAUUUAUGUAGGUGAUUUAACUAUACAUCUGAUAUUUCCCUAAAAUAUUUCUCUCUAGAUAAAACAUAACGCUAAUAAAUUAUACGGGUUCAUUUUACGUAAAACGGUAAUUACUUAUCAACGAAGAUUUCGAGUGAAAUUGAUUUUGAUUUUUUUCCUCCGUUAUAAAAUCACUUAUACUUCAUAUUGUUUAAAAAGAUACUUUCAUGGAUAUUAUCCCGUAAACCAAAAAACACGUAUUGACUUUUGAUUUUUAAAUAGCGAAAAGAAACAUUUUAUUUUAAUAUUCAUUAUUGAAUUUUCGUGUUGAAAUGGGGUCGGCAUUACCAUUUAAAAAUCAAAAAUUACGAUUUGGGUAUCUAUUUAAGGUGUGAAAAAAAGCGGGAUUGUGAAAAUGUAAAAAUAAUGUUGAGAAAAAAAAAACAGAAAUCAAAUUACUCGAAUAAAAUCCUCCGAGAAAAAUGACCCCGUACUUUUUACAGUGAAUAAUUUAUUAUAUUUUAUUCGUUAACUUAUACAAUAUUAUUAUUGUAUUGUUAUCAUAUUAUUAUGAUGGUUGGUUUUUAAUACAAUUUUUAAGAAACAAAAUAUGUCGACCGACCGAAUUAUUCCAGAGAUUUUAAGCGUGGAGAAAAAAAAAAUUAAAUUAGCACAUAAACUAUACACAACAAUAACGAGAUAAGUAUAUUAUUAUAAUAUUCCACGAACAAGUACGCUGACGUUUAAGUUAUGGCCGUUUGAUUAAAUUCUACAAGACCCAGAACAGUUUUUAUAUUUAAUAAUCUUUUUUUUUGUUUUUGUUUUUUUUUUUUUUCAUGAAAAAUUUUGUAAAAAUAGUAAUUUUGUUUAACUUUGUUUUUUUGAUUAACGUUUAACAAAAAAAAAAAAAAAAAACUGAAAAUAAUCGCGAAAACAUACUAUAAGGAUAUUAAAAUAGAAUAUUGAUACAUGAUGGAUGUUUAGUAGGUUAUAUAACUAAUUGUUUUAUUGUUAAUUUUUACGAGAAAACGUAAAAUUGAAAAAUCAAGAUUACCUUUAAGUACCUAUAACAGUUAAUGUAUUGCCUCACAGAUUCCGAACCGAUCGAGAAAUAAUACUGCAGUUGGUAUAACAAAAAAAAAAAAAACAUUUCGACAAAAAAGACAAUUCGUUAAAAUUUAAUUCGUAUAUUAUAUCAAUAAGCGACAGCUUAUUGUCAACGCGUAUUUUCCAUUUAAAAUGCAAAUAUUUAAUUUCGAAUAAAAACGUAUUUUUUAUUAUUGUCAAUUUAAAAAUAUUUGUCAAUAAUCAUUAACUUUAAUAAUACUAUUUACAUGCAUUAUGUAUAUGCGUACCUACGGCAAUAAAUAAUAAAUAAAUUCAAGAGCAGUAAGUAAAAUUAUAUAUAUAUAUAAUCAAAUAAUUAGAAUAUUAAUUAUUAACUAACUACAGUCGGUACAACAUUAAACAAAUAGUAUUAAAGAAAACAUAUAAAGCCUGUUUAAUUAUUUUACUAUAAAGUGACACACAUAUUGUUGACAAAUGAUCACUAUAAACUGAACUCCUCUCAGAAUCGUUUUUUCGUAAGCAAUGGUUUAUCGUUGCCUACAAGAGUACAUUAAAUUACCUAUAAUUGUGACUGCACGCGUCUCCAUUAUCCUAGGACGUCUUUUUUUUAUUUUGUGAUGUAUUUACGCAUAUCCGACAACGCGUUAUAUUAUACAAAUAGAUAUUAUUAUUAUUGGCAUGUGAAGAGGAGGGGGGAGGUUAGCUGCGGUCCCUUCUACAGAUCGAUUAAACUAAUCCUUCGUAAAACUUCAAACUAAAGAUGUAAUUGUACAAAUAUUCAAUAAAUUAUAAUAAUACGCUUAGUUAUUGGUAUAAUAAUCUUUCGACUGAACGUGUGCGGUACCCUCGUUGUGAACAUAGUCUACGUACGCCUAUGAUUUGUAUUGUUGUUGGCGGGUCUCCGGACUAUUAUUAACGUCCUGAUUUUGACGGAUUUCCUUAGGAUCCCACGUCACCCAGCCUCCAGGGUUCAUCGAUAUUAGAGUUGUUCGAUAACGACGAGGACGAUAGUGCCAUGAGCAACAGCAGGAAGCAUUCGGUUGAGAGAUUUAAUUUUGAGGUCAAUCAAGCACACACUGACAGUAAGUAAAUAAUAACUAAGGAUUGGAGAGUAGUUAAUUGUUGAAAAACAAAAAUAUGUUUAAUUUCAGUUUUAAACCCUAUAAAAAUAACUAAUAAAUUUGUGACAAAGUCAUUUUUAAUAAAAAGUUGUUGGUGGGAUACCACCUUUACUCUUUUUAAGCUACGUAGAAUAUAAUAUACGUUUAUUGCCGUCAAAAUUUAAAGUGCAGCAAUAACAUUCUGAUUUCCGACUAGAAAAUGAUGAGGAUUACUCGGCCAGUGUCAACGCAGUACUUUACAGACGGCUCAGCAUCAAGAAAGGUAAACAUCAAAAGCAAAGGAGAUCUUCGUCACCUAUGUCCUCGAUGAUGACGGACGACGUGAGUCAGCUAUCUAAUCGCAGGAGAUCUUCGGCUUUUACCAUCAGUUCUGGAGAGUAAGUUUAUUUUUUUGAUAUAAUAAUACCUCGAAACGUUUUAUUAUUAAAUUACAACAACAGGAGAAGUCAGUUUGUCACCUCUGCAGAUGCACUUAAAAUAAAUAAUUUUCCGGUUAUGUGAGCAUACACGUUUUGUAUUUGAAAUAAUGUUCAUAUUUAUUAUUGGUAUAUAUUUGUAAUUUUAGCAAAUAUGAAAACAUCUUAUCAGGAAUAAUCUUGAACAUAAAAAUAUUACCUAUAUAAUUUACCCUCUAUGGGUAAAAUAAUAUCAUAAUAUUAACGCAAGGAAACGAAUUUUAUACAUUAGGUAUUCAACAUAGUAUUUGUAAAUAACUAUAUAAUAAAAUAAGAAUAUAUCUAUUUACUAAAAUGACUACUAAUUAAUAUAGAACUUCAAAUCAUCUCACUGCUAAACAUGUUAGCGUGAAUAAAAAUGUAAGUUUCUAGUAUAACUCAUAGUUGAAGGCCAUAAAUAGUACAAGACAAUUUAAUAACUACAUUUUUAAAUUUACCCGCUAAAUGUGUUCGCUAAGAAAGUGAAGGAUUUUGCGGUACAUUGUAACUAUGGAAGUGAAUUUGUGUAUUUUUGAAUUCGAACACGAUAUCUACUGUGUCAUAUUUCAAGUCCAAUGUUUGUAAAAAAAAAAAAAAAAAAAAAUAGUGCUGUAUUGUCAAAUCUUCUGCAAAAUAUAUUUUAAUAUUAAGUGCACGUGGUAUUAGAUUUUUUCCUAAUAAUCUUCUAUGACUUCAUUUUAACUAUUUGAGGUUGGUUACCCUUGUCUUAAAUUUCCACUGAUAUAAUCUUCUACAUCAUUGUUGUAUACACCGGACAUCCUCAUAUCAUUCUCAUUCACAUUCAAACAACUCUUUUUCGAUCUUCUUCUUGCCCUCUUUUCUCCUAUGUUUAUUUAUAUUAUCGUUCGUACUGCUUCUGAUUUCCCUCUCCUCAUAACAUGCACAAAUCAUAUUUCUAUUUUCACUUAUAUUGUCCACUAUUGAAGCCACGCUUAUGCUCUUAUGUACUUAUUCCUUAUUAUAUUUUCUCUCGUUACUCUACUCAACUCAUUCUAUAUUUUAUUCUUUUGUCUACCACAUUUUAUUGUUUUUUAACAAUUUAAAUCAUAUAAUAUAAUAUAUCUGACUACACUCUUUUAAAACUUACAUUUAAGUCUUAUUGGAAGCCUCUGAUGCAUCCACUUGAUUUUAUGUUUCACAUACUUUUCAAAGCCAUCGUUCUUUUUUACAUAAGAUUAUAUGUACUUAAUCGUCCUAACCUUAACCUAACCUUACCUAUUAUAUUACCAUUUAGGCGUUUAAUGCCAUUACUCGUUUUGUCCCAUCAAUUUCUUAUCCUUUUUCUCCAAACUCAUACAGAUAAAAGUAAUUGUAAAGUAACCCCCGGUGAUCGUGUAACAACACAACAUACAGUAAUGGUCAUGGAGUUCUAGUGCAUUAAGAAGAUAGUCCACACAAAUAAUAAUAGAUGUGCACCUAAAGAAGUCGAGGAUUUGGUAGUAAAAUUAAAAGCUAGAGGAUAAAGAAUAAUACUACACAAAACGUCAUUACACGUCAUUUCUCAUCAACCAUAUUAUGUCCUCUUCCUUCAAAAAAAUACUCUGUUUAAUUCUAUUUAACCUUAGAAUACUAAGGUAUUCUUCAAGUGCUACUUUCUAUUUCUCAAGCCUAUUGAUAAUUUCUUCCAGAUUUUCUCCUAUCAAAACUAUACUCUUCUAAAAUCUGUAUCACACAAAACACAAGCACCAUCGUAGAUUUCCCUGGCAUAAAAUAAACAGGUUCAUAGAUAUGUCUUAAUUCUAAUUCUCUUUUCCAUAUUAUUUUAUUAAACCUAUACAUUUUAUUCCUCUAUAAUAUCCACACUCUUGUAUAUCUCUCUUUCCUUUAAAUAUAAAUAGUAUAAAACUCUUUCUCAAUUCGUCUAGUAUUUUCCCUACUACUAUCACUUUAUUAAAAAAAAAUUAUUAACUAAAGUUUAUUAAACCCGUUGAAAUUAUAUUUUAUGAAGGUUGACAAUUACCGAUUUAUUUUCUUACGGAACGAAUGAAGAAUAUAGUGUCGUUAUCGUAUUCUCUUAAAGUCAUCCCCAAAAAUGUAUUGUGUAACGUCGAAAAAAUUGUAAAUCUGGACCUGUAAAUGUUUUAAUAUACUGGUAUAUUUUUACGGUAGUACGACGAUCAAUAUUGAAGAGGACAGUCUUUCGGAAGAGCAACUAUUCGAGAAUAUUCGUUUACACAAAGAAGUAUUGGGCAGCGUUUGUCUACAGCCGUGGCCUAUGCGGAGGAAGAUGAAACUGGUGCAGCAGGCCAAGGAGUACGUGAAGAAGCACGAGGGUCAGCUCCAGGAGCGCCUGGCUAUGAAAAAGAAUACCUGGAAUCUUUGGGCCCGGUUUAAAAUAUUCAUAGUCAAAGUAUAAUAUAUAGUAUAAUUUCAUUCAGAAAUCGCGUAUUGGAAAAAUAUCGUGUUAGAAAUUCCAAUUGUUUGUAAUAAUGAACAUAAAAAAAAGAGCUGAUACUAGGGAAGGGUGCGACCACUGUUGUAGGUGGGUGGUGGGAAAGAUGGAAUACACAGUUAUUUUAUUUUUACCUAUCUAAAAUUGUAUCUACAAAGUAUUUAGUACCUACCUACCAAAUAAAAAAUACGUAAAAAAUCCUCAAAAUUAAAAUGCCUUAAAAUAGCUCAAAAAAUUGCUCAAAUUUUCUGAAAGUUUUACCGCAUCUAGAAAAAGUAAAUAUAAGUUUUCUGUGAACAUUUUAAGUCUCUACAAAUAUUUUAAACUUAAUUACAUUAAAAAACCAAAAUUUAAAAUAAUAAAAGAAUUAUUUUCGUAAAUGUUCAUGUUCAUUUUACGUGUUUUUCCUACUUAUUAAUAAAAUUACAGAAAAACAAAAUCAAAAACAAAUAACUUAAUCAUUAACUAUAUUAAAAAUAAAAUAAAAAAGGUCUCUUGUUGUUUAUCUAUUGGGUAUAAAAUGUAUAAAUAAUUAUAGUAAAAAACAUAAACCGUAAAAAUUAUAAUUCUCCACACAGGACCGCAGUGGUAUAUCUAGAGCUUAACCAAGGGGGAAAUGAUUUAAAAAUUGUAAUUCCCCUGCAUACUGAUCUAUGAUUAUUGCUCUUGAUAAAAAAUAAAAAUACCCAAGAAGUAAUAAAUGUCACGUGUAUAAUAUUAUUUUAUUACCUACAGCCAAUAACUGCAAUUAAAAAAAACUUCAACUGAAUAAUGUCAAAGAAGCAGCGACACAACCAUCGCUUCCCCGCUUAAAUACGCUACUGCAGGGUCAUGAAGUCAGGAAGUGGGCAAGAGGUACCCAUACACUGGGUGCUAUAGAACAGGAAUACCAUUAAAAGUUUUUAAAGUUCUUGUAAUUUUCUGGUUUUUAUAUGUACCAGUUCGUUUUAUAACAUAAUAAUAUUAUUAAAUUCACCAAUACUUCUAUAUAUUUUACCAUUUUAAAACACAUUUGCUUGAGAAAUGUAAGUUGUAUUUGUUUCAAAUAAUUACACCAAAAUACUAAAAAAUAUUUUAUCCGGAAAAUUUUCGAUUAAAAAAUUUGUCUACAAUUAAAUACUAAAGUAUAAUAUUUAUAAUACUUAUAAUAUAGUUUAUGUUUCUCUUCUUUUAAAAUCCGAGUCCUGAUUUUUGUUAUAAUUAUUGUUCGGCGUACUUUCACGCGGUUUUUUUUCAUAUAAGUAUAGAAGUGGCAGCAUACCAAACGAAAAACGGCCAAUGUCAUAAGUCAAUUAAUCCCAUGGGAACAAACCAUCAAAGAAAUCGAGUCCCAGUUCGGGACAAUGGUUGCCUCGUAUUUCACGUUUCUCCGAUGGUUGUUAUGGGUGAAUCUUGUCAUUUCCAUGCUGUUGGCGGUUUUUGUGAUCGUACCCGAGGUAAGUAUUGGUAAAAACGUAAAUUAAUAUUAUUUAUUUGAUAUUUGUAAAUUCUCGAUGAACAAAACCAUAGCUAUAUACCAGUACUUGCAUAACCAAUUCUGAAUGAUAUUAGGUUAAACAAUAAACAUAUUUUAAAGAACCGUGAUAUUUAUGAUUUUCGUCAAAAUUUGAACGUAAACCGUUUAUAAAAAAUCUAUUACAUCACGCUUAACUAGGUAAAACUUAUGAAGAACCAUAUACUAAAAUUUCGAGCAUUUUUUCAAUUAAAUAAGAACAAAAUAAAAAAAGUCGUCCUAGGAUAAUGAGGACGGGUGCAGCCACUAUCAUAGAUAAUUUAAUGUAUACCUGUAAGCAGCGAUAAGACAUUGCUUACAAAAAAAAAAUUCUGAGCGGAGUUCAGUUGAUAAUGAUGCUUUGUCAACAAUAUAUAUAUUUUAUAGUAAAAUAAUUAAAUAGGAAUUAUAUAUUUUCUUUAAUAUUAUUUGUUUAGUGUUGUACCGAUUUUUUCAGUUUUCCUUCGUUUUUCCUGUUUUUUCUCUUGUUUUUUUUUCGAUUUUUCAAAUUUGUUGAGAAAACUCCUGAGAAAAUCGAAAAAUGGCAUUUUAUUUUAUAAAAUGUGCUACACGUAGAAAUCCGAGCAAGUCUUCUGAUAAAAAAAAUCGCGCACAGAUAAAAAAAAAAAAUCAUCUUUUUAAAACUAUAGGCUCCUUCACUUUACUCAGAAUCUAAAACCACAAUGAAAAUCAUAAAUUAUUUUUUCAACUCACUAACUAGACAACAUUUUCUACUGGGAACUAACCAUGAAAUUUACGACCGACGCCAGAUUUCUAAUAGAAAAGUUGUUUAUAGACAGACUAAAAAAAUAUACAAUAGUAAACUCGAUAUUUAAAUUCCACAUUUCACUUAAUAAAUAUAGAUAUUCGAUUUUGUAAUAAUAGAACAAUUUGUAUAUCACACGUUAUCAACUUCAAGUUUAUGUAAGCUAACAAAUAUAUUCUUGUUUUAUCUGAUCAUUGUAACUCAAAAAGAAAUCUCGUAAAUGUGUUACUGGGUCCUAAUUAAAAAAACAAAAAUAGUCUGAGCCAUUUAACCCUAAAACCUAUAUUGAAACUCUCUGAAUACUGUUGUGUUUAUACCGCUGCAGGUGUUGACGACUAGUAAGGAGAAUACGGGUGACCGGAAGAGGCUGUUGCCAGACGAGGAGCCUCUCUCAAUGAACUUUUUGGACUGGUGGAAUUUUGAAGGUGUUCUAAAACAAUCGCCCAUAUUUUACGGUUUCUAUUCAAACCGCUCGAAUUCAGAUUCUGGUUACCAGUUACCUACUGCUUACUUUAUCACCGGCCUGGUCAUCUACAUUUACAGUUUCGUAGCUAUUCUCAGAAAGUGCGUUAUCAUAUUUUAAACAUCUAUAUUUUUAUUGUCAUAUAAUAAUAAUAUAUAUAUAUAUGUAAUAAUUGCUAUAGGAUUAUAUAACAAAUUUUGUAAACGAAAUUCAACAGUAUAUAAUAAAUAUGUAUAUAAAUAAAUACUGAAAAAACCGAAGUAAAAAAAAAAAACAAACUAAAACCCAGAAACGUAAAAAAACUAACCAAGUUAUUAUUUUUUUUUUAUAAAAUAACAGAAAUACUAUAGGCAGACGUGUUUGAACGUCAUCUUAUUAUAAUUUACCUAAAAAAGUAUUAUACUCAGUUUUACAAGAGUGUGGUGAGACCGACUUUAUUGGAUUUUCGAAAUAUUAGGGAUUGAGAGAAAAAUAUAACAAAAAAUGAGAGUAGCAGAGAUGAGAAUGCUUAAGUGGAUGAGUGGAAUGAGAAGAUAUGAUAAGAAAGUGAUUUCGAUAGUAGAUAAAAUGAGUGAAGAGACGUAUGAUAUGGGCAUAGCAUGAGGAGAGAGGAAACGGAAAUAGUAUGAAUGAUAAUGAAAAUAAACGUAAGAGAAAAUAGGAGAAGAAGAAGACCGAAAAAGAAAUGUUUAAAUGUUUGAUUGUGAUAAAAUUAUUAAUCAUAAUAUACAUGGAUAGGUUAUUAUCAAAUUCAAACAAUAAAUACGUUCAUAGUACGUUCAUGAAACACAAUCUGUUCAAUAACUAUAAUAUUACAGAACCGAUAAAUUAUGAAAUCAACAGUUCAUUAAACUGAUUUCAUGCAAUCCGGUAAAAAUUUAAAAAAUAUAAAAUUACAUAUCUAUUGAAUUUUAACAAUAGUACGUAGUAAAUAAUAAACUAGAAAAAUUGGUAAUAUUAUGUAAUUUUUAAGAAAACUACCAAAAUAUGAAACAAAUUAAAACAAAAGAUGGACAUACUUCGCACGUGGAUGGACCAUUCUUAUAGCCUGUAGGUAAGAAGUUGGGAAGGUAUAGCCGGUUUAGGGGAAAUUAAAUAUAUAUCUGUAUGCAACGAUUAACCAUUGCAACGAUUAACCAUUGCAACGAAAAACGAUUCUGAGUGGAAUUAGGUUAAUAGUGUUACUUUCCCAACAAUACACAUGUUAUAUUAUAGUACAAUAAUUGCAUGUGCAUUAUAUAUUUUCUUUAAUAAUAUUCGUUUAAUAUUGUAUCUAUUUUCCCGUUUUUCCUACGUUUUUUUUCCAUUUAUUAUGAAAAUAACUUGAAAAAUCAAAAAAUGGCCUCCUUAAAGUAUCACUCCAAGUAAAUUUCUUUUCAGAAAAAAUGCUAUCAUUUAAAAUCGGAGCAAAAUUGUUAGCAGAAAAGUUGUUCACAGAUAAAAAAAAAAAUUAAAAAUUAAACAUCGUUGUAAAACCAAUUACUCCGCUCAGAAUCUAAAACCAUAUAAAAACUAUUAUUAAGUUAUAGAACAGGUAUUUUUAGCUUGCUGGUCAAUAAAAGACACUACCGAAAAUAUGUCUAUAAUGUCUAUUACUUCUCAUCCCAAAUUAUUAUAAUAUAGAAAUUAUCCGGACUAUCUCUAUAUGACGUGCGUAUAUUUUUACAUCAUGCAAUAAUACAUGUAUUUACAGAAUGGCCGCGAAUUCCCGUCUGAGCAAACUGUCUGAAAAAGACGACGAGUGUGUGUUCACGUGGAAAUUGUUUACCGGGUGGGAUUACAUGAUCGGCAAUGAAGAGACGGCCAUCAACCGCAUCUCGUCAAUAAUAUUGGGGUUCAAAGAGGCGCUGCUCGAAGAAACAGAGCGAAUGAAAAAUAAACUUAAGUAAUAUACCUUAUAAGCUCGUAAUAAUUAUGUAAUAAUUAAUAGUAUAUGUAAAAAUACCGAUUUUUAAAAAUAUACUCUAAUCUAUUAAAUCGUUAAACAUAGAUAAUAAUAUUGUUCUAUUUCUGCCAAAAUUUAGAUAUUUCGUAUUAUUUGUAUCCUCUUCAAAAAACUUCUUAAGUUAAUCGAAUUAUUAAAAACUCCGAAUUAUAAUUACACAUGGUACUUGAUUACCUAUAGUGUUAUAAGAUGCAAUUAUGUGAUAUUUCGAAAAGAAUAUACUAUUAAUAAGUGAUCAAUUUAUUGGCUAUUUGUGAUUUUUUUUAAAGAUAAUUGUUUCACAAAAUAAUAUCCACGUUUUAAAAUGAUUUUUAAUGACUUUAAAUUUUCAUGGUUUGAUCAACAAAACGAUCGUUUGUAAUAUUGCUACAGUUGGAAAGUGGUGUUAUUGCGGAUAUUUGUGAAUCUGAUCGUAAUAUGUAUGCUGGGCUAUUCGAUAUAUGCCAUCACUUAUAUGGAAGAAAUAUCCAUCGUCAAAACGCUAAUCGAAGAGCUCUUUCCGCCAGUGUUCGAAAAGCUUGGUAUUUUGGAGUACUACCACCCGAGGACGGCGCUCCGUCUGUUGCUGGCCAGGUACGCGAUAACAUUGAUAACACGAGUGCAUCAUGAUCCAUGCAUUUUUAUCCUUACCUAGUCCAUAAAUAACAGCGAUAAUGAUAAUUUUUUGGAAAAACGUUAAAUCGUAUAUUUGGCCGAAAAUAUCGUUUUGGUGUAAAGGCGUUUCGCCGGGGUCGUGCUCAAGGGGUGUUGGUGAGGGUAUUAUACUGAAAUUAUAACUCAAAAUUAAUUAUUACGUUUUGUUAUUAAUCAUUAAAUUAUUAUUAAUAUAAUUUGUUUUUAUUAUUUACUUAUAUGAUGAUCAUUUAUAUUUCCUAUUUGAGGUUGGUUUUAUUGUUUUACUUUCCUGUUGUGUAUUUCAUACAAUGCACGCGAAAUGGCAUUCAUGAGCAUCCACGAGGUAUGUGCCUUCGUGUCAUUUGUUUUUAAAAUAAAUACAAUUUAAUUAUUUCUGCAUUCGGGAAGGUGUUAGUUAUUUACUUAAUUUAAUGAUCUCGGUAAAUUAAAAAUAUAAAUAAAAAUGCAUUAUAAGUAUUCAUUUUAUCUUUUACAUAAUAUAUAAAUAUAAGGAAGUGUCUGUCUGUCUGUGCGUGAUCUACGGCCAAAUCUAUAAUUGUACACGUAGAACUGAACAUGUGUAUACAGAAACAAAUAGACGGAUCUGUGUACAUUACAAAACCAGAUUUCCAAAAUUCAACCUAUUAAAGGGAACUAGGGUUUUCGAUAUAUAUGGUACGAAAAUUCGUACAUCGAAGAAAAACCAGUUAUAAUAUAGUCAAUUUAUUAUCACUGGCAUAAUAAAACACACUUUUUAAAAAUAAAUCCACGACGCGUCAAUUUUAUUUUUACUGAUUUGUACGGAAUCAUGGCUGCAAGAAAAAAAAAAGACACACAUAGUUCACACGAUGGAUGGAUCGUUGUUGUAGGUAAUAAAUUAGGAAGUUAGGAUAACCAAGGGAAUUUUAUGUGUAUUUGUUCGCAACGAUUAAUCAUUGCUAACGAAAAAAAUGAUUCUGAGCGCGGUUCAAUUGAUAGUGAUGCUUUUUCAACAAUAUAUAUAUAUGUCAUAUUAUGGUAAAAUAAUUAAAUAGGCAUUAUAUAUUUUCUUUAAUAAUAUUUAAUAAAUAUUGUAUCAAUUUUCCCGUUUUCCCUGCGUUUCUCCCGGUUUUCCCAUGUUUUUUUCCCUGAUCAUCACAUUUUCUAUGAAAACUCUUGGAAUAAUCGAAAAAUUACCUCCUUAAAGAACCUUCCCGGUCAGAUUUACUUUCAGAAAAAGUGCUAUCAUUGUAAAUCGGAGCGAAAUCGCUGUUAGAAAAGUUGUUCACAGAAAAAAAAGCCAUAAUAUUUUUUUAAUAAUACCUACAUUUCGUACAUUUUCCGUUUUUCCGACAUUGUAUCACGGUUUUUCCCAGUUAUUAUGAAAACCGAUUGAAAAAUCGCAAAAAUUACCUCCUUAAACCAAGGAAAUAAACUGCUACACUUAACACAUGGGAGCAAGAUUUAUGGUAGAAAAGUUUACACAAACAAUCGAGCAAGCGAUAGGUCUCUAGUUACACUUAAAAUGCAUUUGUUUUUUCCCUAUUUAGGUGAAAGGGGAAAACAAAGAGAAACAAAUUUCUGUUCUAAUACCGAGUUUGAACUCACGACCCCUAGUAUAACAAUACGUAUUCAUGACCAUUCGAAUACAAUAAAAGUAUAAUAGAAGUGACAAUAUAGAAAUAUUUAACAUAAACAUGUAAUAUCUGCAUAAUAUCUAAACUUCAAAAAGCUAUAAUUUUGAAACUUAGCCCGUUCGCUCAAUUCUGACUUUAUCAUCCUUCCUAAAUUGGUAAUAUACAUAUGUUCGAAAACAAAAAAAAUUUAAAAAUCAGAUUUGUUCUUCAUAAUUAUUUACUCAAACAAUUUUCGUCAAAAUGUAGUUUCAAAAUUCCUUUAUAAAAACAAAUACAACAUUAAACUCAAUUUUUUUUUUACCACAUCUAAUGAACCUUCUGUUAAAUUUUCAAGUAUUUCUGUUAAGUCUAACAAUUUUACCACGGAGUACCUACCGAAUAAAAAUUACAUACAAAACUUGCAAAAUUGAAAUGUCUAUAAAUAGCUCAAAAAUGGCUUAAAGUUUUUGAUAAUUCUACCACCUCUAUAAAAGGCAAAUAUAAAUUUUCUGUUUUAAUUUCAAGUCUUUACGAAUAACAAAAUUGAUAAACUAAUAAAAGCAUUAAUUUCGUGCAUUUCCCGUUUUUCUUAAACUGCUAAUAAUUAAUGGGCAUUUUCUUUCUAUAUAAUCAGAGUUAAUUAAUUCUUCCGAUAAACUAUUUUAUAAUUGCAAAUUGAAAAUUUUUGUAUGCACUGAUUAAUUAAGUUAUUAUACCUAUACGGUUUUGAGGCUUUAGGUCGUAUAAAUAAUAAAUAUUUUAAUCUUACGCUUUAAUUACAGUUUAUCUUAAGUAAGUAGGUACUACAAAAUGAUUUAACUUGUAUUAAAUUAAUUUCACGUUAUUUUCACGUAAUUUUAUUCUAUGUAAUGUUUCUUUUACGUUUUCGUCUGUUGCAUUAAUUUACAUUAAACAUUUUUUCGACAAAAGUAAUUAUCAGACAAUUAGAAUACAAAACGAUAAAGUACGAACAAAAUAAUGUCAUUAGUUACUAAACACACAUAUCUAAAAUUUGAAAAAUAUUCUUUUUAGAUUCUAAGCUGAUUUUAUUUUUUUAUAUAUAUACUAUGUACAAAAAUUCUACCAGAAAUCUUGCUCCACAGUGGCGUUCUCAAGAAUUUCCAAUGAAGGGAGUUGUGGUAAUUUCUAGAAAAAUAUUUAAGAGGCACAUAUCAGCGUACACUUUUUAGUUAUGGCAUUUAAUAUUAUUUUAGAUUCUGAGUGGAGCGAGGAAUACAUUGGUUUUAUAAUUAUGUGUAUUUAUUUUUUUUAUGUGAACAUUUUUUCUACCAGAAAGCAUAAUCUGAUUUUCAAGUAAAGCACUUUUUCUGAAAUCAAAUGCUCUCUGGGUUUUAUGUUGAAAUAUUUUAAAAUUUUCAUUAAUAUUCGAGAUAAUAAGAAAAACCCGGUUCUUUAGGUCAAAAAAAAUUGAAAGAUUGAAAAUAACGUUAUCAUUGGCAACCGUUUUUAUUUAUUUUUUGUUAUUAUUAAGUCUUUAUUAUUUUAAUAAUUUUUAAACAAUCAUUAAUUAUUAAUGAGAAUUUAAAAAAAUUACCUCCCUAAAGUACCACCAAGAAAAUAUUUCCUUUUAGAAAAGGGGCUAUACUUAAUAAUCAAAAUAAGCUUUCCUCGUUUCACUUAGAAUAUAAAAAAUAACAAUGCAAAAUUAAAUGCACUUUUUAUUUUUAAUAAUUUAUCAAUAAUUUUUUAGUACAACAAAUAUAUUUAUGUUGUAAUUGUAAAUAUAAAUGUAAACUAUACGAUGUGGCAAUGAAUUUUUACAUUCGUUACAAAUUUAAAACGAAUUUACUACAAAAAAAAUAAAACGACCUUGUGAGAGAGGGUUAAACUUUAGAAAACCUCCUCUCUGUGAGUAUGCCCAUGUACUUCCAACAUAUUAAGUAUCCGAAGUACCUUUUUUAAAAGGUAAUUAUAUCUUGUCGGUAUUUAAGUAGGUAAUUUUUGAGCUAUUUAUAGAAAUUACGCGAGUUAUUUACGUAAUUUCUAUUUGGUAGGUUUUCUGUGGCUAAAAAUUAAAAGCCCAAAUAGAAAUGCUUGAAAAUUGAAUAGAAGGUUCAUUAUAAAUUAUACUUGUGGUCCGUAUUACCAUUCUCAGUUUAACUCGAGCUUAGCUGAACUUCGGUUAUCAACUGAAUCCUAGGUUAACUUCAUGCCAGUACUACAUUUACAGAUUUACCUUGGUUUAGGUAAACUGUUAUUUUUUUCUAUAUGUAUGGUACCACUAUGAACAUUUUGGUAAUAAAUGAAAAAGUUACAGGAUAACAGUGUUCUGUAGUGAUUGUGGAUCAAUUGGUUUGUUGUUGUUCGGUAUUUUCAAUUCGGUAUUCUAAUUUUCAUUUAUUAAAUCUAUUAUAAUAAUAAUUAUUGAUAACCAUAAUACCAUGUUUAUUAUCAAUAUUAAUAAAAAUCAAACAACAAUUAACACAAAUCAAACUGUAGUUAAUCUCUGAACCAAGCUUAAGUCACCGAAAUAGAAUGGUCAAUUUUACCGUGGUCAUUUCGAUCAAACUUAAAAUUAACUUCAAAUAGAAUUAAAACCAAUAUUGUAAUACAGGCCCUUAGUGGUCAACAAGAAAAAUUUGAGUUUAAUUUGGUAUUUUUUUUUUUUAUAAGAACUUUAAAAUCAAAUUUUGAAGAAAAUCAUAUAUGUUACGGCCUUUUAAAACGUGUAUAACUGAACCCCGCUUAGAAUCGUUUUUCGUUAGUAAUAAUUAAUCGUUGCAUACAGAUAUACACAUUAGUGUAUUGAAGAGCAUAAUACAGAAGUAUACGGUAUACACCAAAAUCAUAUUUGUCAAUCAUAGAGCAUUCAAAUUAAAACACCUCCUCCCCCCCCAAAAAAAAAAUAAUAAUAAUAAUUAAGAGAAAAUGUAGGAAAUAUAGAUAAACCCUAAAAUAGUGAAAAACCGGAAAAAAUGUAAUAAAAAUAAAAGGUGGGCUCUCAAUCAGAAUAUUAAAGUAAUGAGUGUAGAAGGUUUCAUGUGUGUUUCAAUGUCCAGACAACACACCGUCACGAUUAUUUAGUUCAUGAGCUUGUCGAUUGCAGAUUUAGGAUUUUGUUUUAACAUGGAUAUGAUAUUAGGUUGGGCGUUAGUAUGAAAUUGGCUGGAUAAUUUUAUUGUAAUACAAAAAUAUAACACUGUGUAUAUGUAUUUAGUUUCCAUAGAGACAACGAAAAUAUAAUUAAACAUUAAAAAUAUCCAUGAUUCUAUGUUUUUCCGUGUAGUGUAUAUUUUAGGUUUUGUAAUUAGCGAGAAAUGCAUUGAUUUUACUACGUUGUGUGCUUUUUUUCUGUAUUUAAACAACUCUUCUACCAGAAAUCUUACAUCAAUCAAAAAUGUGACAUGAAACUUUUUUUUGUUGUCUUUAUAUUUAGUUUGUGCAUUGAGGAGGUCAUUUUAGGUCAUUGAUUCGAUGUUCCAAGUGUUUUCAAAAUAAUAGUAUAGGAAACCGGACAAAUAAUUACAGAGUUAACGAUUUUAUUAUUUAUAUAAAUGAUGGUUGGCAUAUUAUUUGUCGAUAACUUGAAAAUAUUUAUUCAGGGUAACUAGAGAGUUAACACAAAUAAACACAAUCUUGUAGAUAUAAGAUUGUGAAAUACUGCAGUGUGAUUCUAUACAUUUUUCAAAUUAUUGUACCACGAACAGAUAUAACAAAUAAUACUAAGUACACGACAAGUACGUUUACCAGACGACCAGAUGAACAUAUUAAGCUAGUUUUUUUCAUUAAAUAUUUAGGAAUAAUUCUAUCAGCUUUUCAUUUACUGAAAACAUAGCCUAUAUCUAUUCUAUAAGGUCAUACGUAUUUCUCAAUAAAUUGGAAAAACCGGGAAAAAACUGAGGAAAAAUGGGAAGAUUUACGAAAUGUAUAAGGUAUUAGUUGAAAAAUAUUACAGCCUUUUUUCUUUAUAAACAACUUUUCAACCAGCAAUUUCGCUCCGAUUUUCAAUGAUAGCACUUUUUAAAAAGGAAAUCUGACUGGGAUGGUAAAAAAAAUAUUUAAUGAAUAUAAGAUUAUUUUACCAUGAUAUGACAAUUAUUUUUAACAAAGCAACACUAUCAACCGAAUACCGCAAAUCGUUCGUUCGUUAGCAAUAGUUAAUCGCUGCGUACAGAUAUACAUUCAAUUUUCCCCCUAUUGCCUUCCCAACUUCUCAACUACAACAGUGGCCCACCUAUGUGCAAAGUAUGUUCGUCUUUUUUUCUUCUUUUCCGUCCAUAUUUUCCAUACAAGUUUAGAGAAAUACUAUAAAUAUAAUAAACGCGGAACGUAUAUUUUUUUGUUUGUUUGCCCUUCCACGGAACAAACGACCGAUCGAUGUGAAUUUUUGCAUAGGGAUAGAGGACUGGAAAGUGGCUUAGGCAUUGGUUGCUUUUAGUUACAUAUCAUUCCUGAAGAUGACCUACCUCAUUCCUAUCCCUAAUUUUAAAAAGAAAAUACUUUUUAGGGGCAUUUUAACCAUUGCGACUAUUCGUGCAUCAUAAAACUCAAUAAACACGAUCAAUAUCUAUCGUAAUAAUCAUAAGUCAUUAUAGAAAUUAAACCCCUUAAGGAUUGAGAAGGAGUGUCAACGUUAGUGCGACAAAUCGUAUACCGACUAUGAUUAAUCAGAAAAACUUAGUUGCAUAUAAGUAAACAAUGUUCAAUUUUGGUUUUCGCAUAUGGAUGAAAACCUGAAAGUCAUAUAAAUAGAUAACUUUAAGGGAACAUAAAAUAAGUAAAGAAUCAUUUCGUAUUUAUAAUUCAACUUGUAAAAAAAGUUUAAAAUACUUAUUAAUAUUUCAAACCAGGGACCUAUUUUAGCAUUGUAUCUACAUUUUAUAUAUUUAUCUGUCAUACACCACUCUGUAAGGAAGAAUUUAAAAAUUUCCAUGGACCAAUUUAUAGGUACUAAGUAUCGUAUUCAAAUAAAAAAUAUACGCUUUAGAACCUAUAUCAUUUUUACACGAUAGCCACGAAUUUGAAAAUUUAAACACUUUUCGUUGUCAAUUUAUUGAGUUUAUAGGUAUACCUACCUUGAUCGUAAAUGGUAAGUAAUUGAAAUAAUAUUAUUCACCGCGUCAAAAAUUUUUCCUGUUCGUAAAAAUAAAAAUUGUUUGUAUUUUUGUAUCACGUUUAUUUCAAAUUUUAACGUGUAUGCAAUCUGAGGGAUCCCGGUAAAUUGAUCGCCAACAGUUUAUUAAUCGCGGCUGCGAAUUGGUCGCCGAAAAAAAUGAAUGCUUUGUAUAUUUUUCUUCGGUUUAUACUAAUAUACAGACACAUAUACAGAGGGGUUGAACACCCCCAAAAAUUAAUAUUUGUGUAAUUUAUUUAUAAAAAUUUAAUUUUUUUUUUAUGAAUAUAGAUAAUAUUGGUAAUAUUAAUUAUUGUAAAUUUUUAAAUGUAAACCUCCAGAAUUUUUUUUUUGUAUACAUGUCUGCUAAUAUACAAUAAUAAUUUAUUAUUACUAAUAAAAUUCAAUAAUUUGUUUUUAUACAUUUUAUUGAUUUUCUAAUACUUAAUUAAAUGUAUUUAAUUAAUAUAACUUGUAAGUCAAAUAAUUUAUCAAGUUUUUUUUUUUUUUGUAAUAAUUUAAUGGAUAAAUAAGCUAAAAAUCAAUAAAUUAUUUAAUUAUGCUAAAUGUAUUAUUAUUAUUUUAUUUAAGAAUUGUGUCGUAUAAACCAGAGAAGUCUAUAUAAAUCAAUACCUACAUAAUUCAUUUUUUUUCGGCAACUAAUUUUUUGCAAUCAAUUCACCGGAUACCCAAUCUGAGAUUUGAUAUUUAAAAAAAAAUUCACCUUAAAAUAUUCGCCAUCAAAUAAUGGCGUAUAUUAUAACUCGUAAAAUGUUUGAAGAUGCAUUACUAAGAAAUUCACAUGAUUUAACAAAAACAUUACUAUGUAUAAUUACUGUAUGCGAACUUUAUAAACACGGGUCACGUCAAUAACCAAUAUUAAGGAUAUAUUAUGUAUCAUUUCAGAAUUAUGGCGUUGAUCUUGUUCAAUCUUUACGCGAUGACAUUCUCUCUGUUCAAUGAUAUCAGCGAAUAUGUGAGUAUUUAGUAACGUAUCCAAGAAUUUUCAAUAGGGGAGGCUGAGCAUAAUGUCGUAAAUUACUAUUAUAUUAUAGUAAAUGAAAAUUAAAUAUAAUAAUGUAAGCAAAAUAUGUGAAAAAAAUUCUAUAAAGCUUUUUUAGAUAGAAAUGUAUUGGUUUUACAAUGAUGUUUAUUUUUUUUUCCGUGAACAACUUUUCUACCAGCAAUUUUGCUCCAAUUUUUAAGUGGUGCAGUUUUUCUGAAAGGAAAUCUGAUUGAAGUGAUACUUUCGGGAGAUCAUAUUUUGAUUUCCUUAUAGGAGUUUUUCCCAAUAAAUAUGAUAAAAACAUGAGAAAAACUUAGAAAAAAAGGGAAAAUAGAUACAAUAUUAAAAAAAUAUGACUAAAGAAAAUAUACAACGCAUGUAAUUUUUUUUUUAUUAUUAAUAUUAAUUAUUUAUUUAUAGUUGAGUUAUAAAUUUCUAUUUAUAAUUGCCUUGGUUUUUCUGUAUAUUCUUCUAUCUUUAUUUAACUUAUAGGUAGUCGUAUGUAAAUUGGCUUAUUUUUUUUACAGACAAAAAUGUUGGAUAAAUUUAAACCGUUGAACUCGACUAUUUUUGCAACAACCCCGGGGUCCAUAUUCAGUACAACGACUACUCGGGCCCUGAUAACCACAGCAGCGCUGUUGAAUUCCACCGUAACAACGCCUAUGACGACGCCUACGCAAAUACCUAUGGCGAUGAUGAUUUCACCUACAACAAAUAUGACAUCAUUGCCUCCACCCAUCAACAACCAUAGAGACGUUCAGUCUGAAUGUCUACCGUUUGAAAUUCGAGAAGUGAUUGCUUGUUCCAUUCCAAAGAACAGUCAAGUGGUUGAACACCUAACCGUCCCGAAUGCACCGAUCGGGUCUGUGAUCUAUUCGACGACAGUACAGAACGGGACUACGUCCGAUACGAAGAGAGUGCAGAACAUACCUGCAAACAAUUCGGAGACAGUGCAGAACAUGAAUGUGGUUCAUUCGACGUCAGUGCAGAACGAGCCUGUGGUCUAUUCGGAGACAGUGCUAAAUGGACUUGCGAUUGGUUCAAAGACAAUGCAGAAUGGGACUACAUCCGAUUUAAAGAUAGUCCAGAACGGGAUUACGUCCAAUUCAAAGACAGUGCAGAACAUAUCUGCAGGCAAUUCAGAGACAAUGCAGAACAUAUCUGUAAGCGAUUCAGAGACAGUGCAGAACGGGACUACGUCUGAUUCGAAGACAGUCCAGCACAUAACUGUAGUCGAUUCGGAGACAAUGCAGAACGGGACUGCGACCUAUCCGAAGGAAAUGCAGAACAUGAAUGUGAUCUAUUCGACCACAGAACAGAACGGGUCUGCGGUCGAAUCGGAGACAGUGCUGAACGGGCUUUCGAUUAAUUCAAAGACAAUGCAGAAUGGGACUACGUCCGAUUUAAAGAUAGUGCAGAACGGGAUUACGUCCGAAUCAAAGACAGUGCAGAAAAUAUCUGCAGUCGAUACGGAAAUAGUGCUGAAUGAAACUACGUCCGAUUCAAAGACAGUGCAGAACAGGACUACGUCUGAUUCGAAGACAGUCCAGCACAUAACUGCAGUCGAUUCGGAGACAAUGCAGAUCGGGACUGCGACCUAUCCGAAGGAAAUGCAGAACAUGAAUGUGAUCUAUUCGACCACAGAGCAGAACGGCCCUGCGACAACAGUCCCGGAACCGACGGAUGUGUCUGCAAUCGGUUCGACGGUGGACAAUUUCUUAACAGUACAAACAACAACGAUCCGACCCUUAACAGUUCCUACUGAAUGGGCUGUGCCAACGUCUUCAUCCAUCGCGACCACGGAUGGGUACGUAGUCUUCAGCACGAGUACGAAGGCUGAUGAAAACCCCACCGAAAUGACUUCGACCGAUAUUACCCUGAUGGUAACCGAAGUAGAUGUCUAUUACGACGAUGAUAUCUACUACAACGACAAAGAAAUUAAAAAAUCUAACUCGAAAAAAAGCAAUCCUAUCUACGACAAAUCAACUAGCGCUACAAGUGAGACAACAGUCGUUAAGUCGACGUCGAGUCCAACGGAUGAAACCACCUUGGACGAUUCGUUUUCGAGUUUGAUAACCGAUAUACCCUACCAACAAAUGAAUGAAAUUCUAAGAGAUGGAAGGAGGGUAAAACGAACGCUACAAAUUGUUUUAAAUGACACUCAUUGCUUCCGUAUAGUGUGUUUGAAUAACGUUAGCAAGAAAUCGAAUUCCCGAGAAACAACAAGUAAAUGUUAUACCCUAAAUCAGCGGUUCUUAAACAGUUUUCCGCGGUGCCCUGGGAGUCCAUGAUAUUCAUGUAGGGGGUCCACGGUAGCUCGAUCGGUAAAUAUUGAAUAUGAUAACAUGAGAUAUUUUGUAAAAAACGGUAUUAGUAAGGAUUCGCGAUUUCUAAAAGUUUUUCAUCGGGGGUCCGUGUGUACCAAAAGUUUUAGAACCGCUGCUCUAAAUCUUUGACAAUAUAUUAUAAUAGUUCGAUUUAAUAUCACUGAUUCGAUUAAUUAUGUAUGUUGGUUUUCCAUUGCCGGCUAUUCGAUGACGACAGAACUUGAAUUUGAUGCACCAGGCGAAGACUACUCGCUUAACGUCAUCUCAUUACCACUGUUAAACAGAACGGAAUUACGAAAAUUGUGUUGGGAGACAUAUUUUGGACAGGAAUUAGUGAAAACCACGAUCAUGGAGUUGGUAAGAAAAUCAAAUUACUUUAAAUAAUAAUAUAAUAAUCUAUUCGCAAUCGUAAUAUUACUCUAUAAUCUGCCACUUCCUAUAAAUUAAUUGAAAAAUAUACACACACACAUACAGACACAAUGUAUCUACAUCCUGGAUAUUAAUAAUUCAGAUAAUAAUGAGUUAUUUUAGAAUUUAAAUUUUAAAUGUAGAGAAGUAGCUAUUCAUUUUACUAAGAUGAAUUUUUUUUUCCGCCAUGCCUUGAAAGAUUCAGACAUUUUAGCUGGUGGUAUUUUAUCGAAAAAUGUUUUUUUUUAACUCUUAACAGAUUUCUAAACAAUUUUAAAAAACUAACAGCAAUUGAUAAUACUGUGGUUUUAUUUAUACCCGAUUCCGGAGGAUUAUGUAUUUAGUAUACAUGUAAAUGUUAUGUUUUUACGUUAAAUUACACUAAAAGUCUAUAGAGCAAAUUCAACAAACAAGAUAUCUAUAUAUUUGUAAGAAUCUCAUGGCGGUUAUACGCUAAGGUUUUUUUCUUAACAGGUCCUUAUAAAUAUAUGAUUAAAGCUUGUGACAAGACGAUUUCAUUAUUGUGUUAUUUAAUUGAGUUGGGUUGAAUUGCACAAUAUUGUGGUAGGAGGAAAAUGUUUUUUUUAGUUUUGAAUACUCCCAAAAUAAGAUAAAAAUCAAAUAAAGUCGAGAAUACAAAAUUUUGUACAUAAAUAGCGUUAGUAUCAAGGAUGCGUCUUUUUGAGGUUUUCAAGCCCAAGUUCCCAACCCUACCAAAUUUCAUAAUAUGUUUGAAAGUAGUAUGGUUUAAUUAUACCAUAGUAUUGUAUUUAUUGUUUUAUUAAUUUGGUCAUUUUAUUGAUUUGAAAAGAAUUUUAAAUCCAAUUUUGAAUUUUUAUAUAGUGCCAAAUAGAUGGAGGAAUAUUCGACGGAUAUCUUUUUCGCAUAAUAUGUUGUGUAAAUACUGUUACAAAUUCGAUUUUUUUUCAUUUUUUUAGAGAUAUUUUAUUACAUUCUUCGGGAUGGGGUAUUUUUAGCUGCUUUUGAGGUCAUCAAUAAUCUAUCUUCUAAACGAGUUCAAUAUUCUGCACAGGUGACGACAAUAGUACGAACAUGUUUCGGGGACUUUCUGGUUGCCUUGUUCGUGCGAUACAUGAAUCGAUGCUGGUGCUGGGACCUAGAAAAACGCUACCCGCAGUACGAAGAAUUCAGGAUCGCCGAAAACAUACUACAAUUAAUCAACAACCAAGGAAUGGUCUGGAUGGGUAUGUUCUUCUCACCUGGACUGCCAAUCAUCAAUGUACUCAAUCUGAUGAUCAUGAUGUACGUUCGGUCGUGGACGAUACUCACGUGCAAUGUGCCGCACGAGAUAGUAUUCCGUGCCAGUCGGAGCAACAAUUUCUAUCUGUGCCUGUUACUCAUUAUGCUAUUCCUGUGCGUGCUACCGGUCGGCUACGCGAUCGUGUGGAUCGAACCAUCGUGGCACUGCGGCCCGUUCUCGCAAUACAAUAAAAUCUAUCACAUAUUCACCCACUCGAUCAAAGAGGCUGUACCCAGCCCUGUGGUCCACUCGGUGUUCGGCUACAUUGCGUCACCCAGUUUUAUCAUACCGCUGCUGCUACUCCUCAUUCUUGUUAUUUACUACUUAACCUCGUUUACGUCGUCACUCCGCGAAGCGAACACUGACUUGAAAGUAAGAAUUUAUAUUAUAGGCAUUUAAUAAUAAACAGCUGAUGGACCAAUACCAUAUUUGUUUAUUAUUAAACAAAACUCAAACAACCUUUUCCACUCACACGUUUCGAUACAAUAUAAUUGUUAGAUAACACAUAAUGUUGUCAUCUAUGAUUAAAGCAUUCAGUGAUAUCAUUUAUAACAAGGCUGGACAAGUUAAUAAUAUUUCUUAACUCAGUGAAGUUAAGUUAAAUUAAAAUCUAAAUAAAGUUAAGAGUUAAAAGUUAAUUUAAAAUUGUAUAUAAAUUGAACUAAGUUAAAUGUUAACCAUAAUUUAAUAUUAUAUUUUUAACUCAAGUUAAGUUAGUUAUAAAAAAUAAGUUUCUUAUUUUCAAAUAGGUAAAAUUACAAUAAUAGGUACCGAAAAUUGUCCGUGUAACUAAGCCAAAGAACUAUUAUUAGGUAUUUUAUAAUAUGUUCCAAAAGAUGAAAUAGUACACAUUUUGUUAAUAUACAUAUAUAUUAAUAAUAUUAAUACUUAUUAGUUAUUAUAACUUAUACAAUUUAGCAAUUUGUAAACUGAAUACUUAUUACUGAUAGACAACAAUUAGCGAUACGUCUAUAUGCGUUAUUAGAUUAUAACACGAACUAAGAUAUUAUAUUAAAUCAUAAUUGGAACUCUGAAAAUACCAAUUGCAACAUUGGAGAAAAAUUAAAUUUUCAUUUUCAUCCCCUGAACACACAAAAAAAAAAAUAAUAACUUUAUUUAAUCAUAUCCGAAAAUGUUCAAAAUAGCCAUAUUGUAAAAAAUAUUAUUUAACAAAUUUUAAUGUAUCACACAUUCAUAUCCAAUGAAUAAUUUCUUAGUUAUAGCUGUUUUAAUUAAGCGUAAACACAAUUAAAUUUUCAAUAAAAUAACACAUUAUACGAUGUUGCGAUAAGGAAUUACAAUCAGUACGGUAAUUCUUUACCUUCUACUGAAUAUUUAUUUUUUCAUGCCUAUUUUCUAGGAAUUAUGACGGCUAUAAUUAAUAAACUAUUAAUCGGAUAUGAAUAUAUGACACAUCAAAAUGGCUAUUUUAAAAACUUUCUAAAGUGAAUUAAUAAAGUUGUUUUUUGUUUGUGUUUAGGGGAUAACAAUAAAAAUUUAAUUUUUCUCUAAAUCGAUGUCCCCCUUGAAGACAAACCGAUUGAAAACAAAAUUUAAAAAAUAUGAUAUUAACAGCACUAGAAAAAUCCAUCGAACAACACGGUGAGACACACUGUAUAUAUUAGCUAUAUUAGCUACAAUCGCCAACUGGCGACGACGGUGAAAAAUAACAAGCAUUGAUAUUAUUCAUAAUACUUUGUUUAAACUUUAUAACUUGUUUAAAUGUAAAAUUAACUCAAUUUAAUGAAAAGUUAAUUAAAAAACUCCUAUAAUUAAUAAUUAAGUUAAUAAUUAUAAAAAAAAAUUAUUUAACUUUAACUUAUUAACGCGUUAAUACCCAGCCUUGAUUUAUAAUGGCAGUACAUAAGUACUGAGUACUCAUUACAUACACCAUAAAUAUGAAAAGUAUUAUCACAAUAUUUGUGACACACACACACUCAAAAAAAAAAAAACAAAAUAUAAGCUAAGUAAAAAAUGUGUAUUAUGUUUUAUUACGAUUUUGUUUGUUUUAUAACAAUUUUUGAUAAGCAAACUAAGACAAACCAUCACCGAUAAUAAUAUAUAAUAAAGUCUAAUUUUUUUUGUCUUUGGAGCUUACAUUUUUUCCCAAAAAUCCUUUGAAAUUUUUUACGAAUUAGGCACCCCAAAAUCAAUAAUAAUCUGGGUGUCCAAAACUCCCAAUAAAUUCUUCUCUAUUACCUACUGUUUUAUUUUUUUGUUAUUAUUGUGUAAUAUUAAUUACAGGAUAAUAAAAUUAAUAAAUGUAGGUAAAUUCAUCUGUUAAAAAUUUAUAAACUGAAUUAUAUAUCACCUAACAGAUUACAAAAUGCAGAAUGUGUACUGUUUAUUUCUAAUUUUACUAUGAAAAAAAUGGUAAGCGAAGAGAUCAAUCACCAAUAACCCCCCCCACCCUAAAAUAUACCACUGAUUUACUUAUAUUACUUAUUUUUGUAGUAUAAUACGCAAUAUUAUAAUAUAUUUGUAAAUUACCAAGAUGAUUAAAAAAUUAAUAAAAAAUUAAUGAUACCUAGGUACUACCUUACCUUGUACUUUUUUUAAACGUAUAUUUACUUCAAAUAAUUUAAAAGAUCCUUUUCUGGACCUAUUUCUACCCUUUCUUGAGAUGGGUGUUUGAAAAAAUACUUCGUAAUCACUUAUAUCAAUCAUACAAAAAUUAUACUGCAAUAGUGAUCUGGUGAUUAUUUUUGUAGAUCCAGCUGAGACAAGAAAGGACGGAGGAACGCCGGAAAAUGUUCUUACUGGUCAAUAAUAAAAAUCGCGGCGAUGGUGGCAACGAAGACGAAGAAGAUUACACGUGUUUGGACACGACUCUAUCCAAGUGGAAACAAAUAAUGCCGGACAACAAAUUUUCAAUGGACGGUUCGAACUGUGUAGAUGGGUUGGCAAAGAAAAAGCAAACGGGUAAGAUGAGCUGAUUUUUCAAAAUUCAACUUUUAAAGUGAUUAAAACAAGAAUACAAUUUUUUAAAGUGAAAUCAUUACUGAACCGAAAUUGUUGAAGAAAUAAGUAUGAAAUUUGGACGGUAGUUUCAUUUUAUGAUUUAGAAAGUAAAGACUCAGUAAGAAGAAAUUUGAUGAAAUUAAAUACCAAAAGGGUUUAAAUGAUGGUUACAAUUUUUUAAGUGAAACUUCGUAGCUUUUAAAGUUUUUAACUUAGAGCGAUCACUCUUAUAGUAAGACCGUCAUUACCCACCCCACCUUCUAAAUUUUCAUAAAUGUGUUAUCAGUAAAAACGGGUGAAGUCGUGACGGAUAAAGCUACUUUUGUAGUAUAAUAGUAUAAUUUUUGUAGUGUAAAUGUAAAAUUGUAAUUUUACAUAAUCUAUGUUAUUACUACAUGUCAGGUAAACUGUACAGUAUACAAUGUAUACUAUACAUACAUGUAAACUACACACAGGCGAAGCUGGUAAUACUACCAAUGGUUAUGCUACUGUUAUAAGUUGGAAAGUCAGGAUAUAGAGAGUAAUUUAACUUUAUCCGUAUGAAAUGAUAAAUCAUUGCUAACAAAAGAUUUUGAGUGAUUGAGUGACAUUCAGUUAAACGUGUUUUAGAGUAAGUACAGUCAGCUCUCGAUAAUUUGAAGUUGGCGGGACAAUUUGAACAAUUUCGAAUUACCGAGAGUUCAAAUUGCUGAGUAGUUUAAGAGCAAAAAAAAAUUAGAAUUACUGAGUUUUGAAAAAUUUGUUUUAUUAUUAUAAUUAUUAAAUAUUUCAGCAAAUUAGGUGGUAUUACAGUAUUUAUUGGCUUUCGACUAGUUACAAUUCUAUAUGAGAGACGGUUAAGAAAUAAAAUGCUUACGAUAAUAAUUCUAUAGUUAUUAAAAAUAAUAAUAAAAUAACGAAAUGAUUAUACGAAAUACAUUGGUGAAUAUACUUCGAAGUGUCACGUGUUAAUGGCCAGUUUUCCCAAAAUUUAAUUUAGAAUUACCGAAUGUACUUAAAUGAAUUGUUUUUAUUCGAAUUACCGCGAGAUUUUUAAGAUAAUGGGUAUUUACUUCGAAUUACCGAAAGUUUCGAAUUAUCAAAGGUUUCAAUUAGCGAGAGUCGACUGUAUCACAAAUUUUACAAUUUUUAUAAUAAUUUGAAUUUUAAAUUACUUCAAAUCUAGUAACCAGAAUAACUUUACUCACAUAAAAAUUUCAAAUAACUAUAAAUAAACCAAAUAUCGCAGAAUGUAUUGCAUAUUGUACUUCGUCUAGAAAGGGGUAAUUUAAGUAUUCUGUGAACAUUUUAAGACUCUUCGAUUAAUUUUAACUAAAUUACAACAAACACAACAUCAAAAAUAACGGAAAAAUAUAUUGCGUCAAUUUUUCUGUUUUUAAACAUUAAAUGGAAAAUCAAAAAUGACUUUAAAUUAUUUGUGAAGUUGAUGCCUUAUGCACGAUUUUCGGUAUAAAAGUUAUUUAUAGAUACGCAAAAAAAAGUCACACCACCAAUACUACUUAUAAUAUUUUAUGUCAUGUCUGUAUACAUUUUACAGUUUUUUUUUUUUUUUUACAUAGAAAAUGAGGUGCUGGACAAGGUCGGUAAAAAACCGGUACACAACAAAACGAACAACUUGUAACAACACGACCUAAGCAACGUCAUAACCCGCCGACCUCUCAACAUGCGCAACCAUUAUUACAGUUACCAGCAUUGUUAAGAAUAAUUUGCAUGUGUAAUCAGAUUAUGCUUUAAACACUUACCUGUUAUUUCAAAUGUUCGAAAUAUGUAUUUUUAAAUACCUGUUAAAAAUAUUCAACAUUUUUUUUUUUUUUUGGAAAUCAAUUCGAUAUAUACCU